AUGUUUGCGCGUCGUUGUGCCCGUCUCGCUACCUCCAAGACAGCCGUCCCAUUGACCUCCUUCCUAGCUCGAGCACGUUACUCCACCGGGCCGAGCUAUGAGCACAUCCUCGUCUCGACCCCAAAGCCCGGCGUUGGCAUGAUAACCCUCAACCGACCCAAGGCUUUGAAUGCUCUCUGCAGCCCUCUUCUCUCAGAGCUGAACGAUGCAUUGAGCAAGUACGACACGGACAAAGAUGUCGGCGCUAUCAUCAUUACAGGCAGCGAGAAGGCUUUCGCCGCCGGAGCCGACAUCAAAGAAAUGGCUCCCCUAACAUUCGCAUCGGCAUACACAAACAACUUCAUCGCCCCCUGGUCGCACCUAGCAAACAGCAUCCGGAAACCCGUCAUCGCCGCUGUCUCAGGCUACGCCCUCGGCGGUGGCUGCGAGCUCGCAUUGAUGUGCGACAUAAUCUACUGCAGCAGCAACGCCACUUUUGGACAACCUGAGAUCAAGCUGGGUGUUAUCCCCGGCGCGGGUGGAUCGCAGCGUCUGACUGCAGCUGUUGGCAAGAGUAAGGCCAUGGAGUUGAUUCUGACAGGCAAGAACUUCAGUGGAAAGGAGGCUGGUGCAUGGGGUGUCGCGGCCGAGGUUGUUGAGGGCGGACACCAGGAGUUGCUUGAUGUUGCGUUCAAGACUGCUGAGAAGAUUGCGGGAAAUAGUCGGGUUGCUACGCUUGCGGCUAAGGAGGUGGUGAAUAAGAGUCAGGAACUUUCUUUGAGAGAGGGUGUUGAGUACGAGCGGAGAAUUUUCCAUGGGUUGUUUGGAAGUAAGGAUCAGAAAAUUGGUAUGACUGCUUUCGCUGAGAAGAAGAAGCCUGAGUGGUCGCAUGAGUAA